AGUAACAGCUGGAAGUGUAGGAGGUAGUUCGAGCUCUUGCAGCAGUUAUGAAGCUGCGGAGGCUCGUAAACUCAUAAACUCAGUAUCAGAGUGUAAAUGUAAUGAAGGGCGUGUGUUCUGGUCUAGAACCGAGCAGGUUCUCCGACGUUAGGAGGGAUUUGGACUGUGGCCAGGUAGAGAACUAUAUUAGGAAGCGGAGCUUCCUGCUCCUCACAGACCGCUGGAGGAGUCUGAUCUGCUCAUUUUACACAGAGAGAGAGAGAUCUGACCACGCAGACCGAUAUGGACAGCACCACAGACAUUCCUGACAUUCCCUAUGAUGUGCAGAAGUUGCAUAAGGAGGCCUUGAGAAACGGUGUGCUAAACUCGACUCAGGCCAGCUCACUUUUAGGUGGUCAGUCUGUCAAAGAGGUCAUUGUGAACAAGUGCUACACCCCUCUGUCCGCCAGGGUGAGCGAGGAGGCCGGCCUGGAGGAGAAUGAAGCGUGGGAGACGUUGGAGGCCGUGAUCUCCCGAGAGUUUGCGGCAGGCUGUGAGGGUUGUAAGGUCCAGCUAUGUGGAGGUGUUGGGGCGGGGAAGACCACAGCGGUCCAGCAGCUCAUUUGGGAGUGGGCCACGGGCUCCCUUCUGCAGCAUUACACACUUCUGCUGCCGGUGUGCGAGAGAACACUCUGUACAAGUGAACAGAGUCUGGAGAGUUUGCUGCUGAGCACACAUGCACACCUCUCGGCCGAGGCUCUCGCGUCUGCCCUGCAGAGGCCUCAGUCGCUGCUCCUGGUGGUCGACGGGCUGGACCACUUUCAGGACCUUCUCUCUGAAUCUCCACCAUCUGACACACUUGUGAGUGACCCGCAGCAACCAGCAGGGGGCGCUGUGCUGCUGCACAGUCUGCUGGAGGGUUCUCUGCUGCCUGGAGCCUCAGUCCUCCUCACCUGUAAAGAAGCUGUCCUUCUGGAGUCUUUGCAGUGUGUUUACCUGCUAGGCUUCUCCAAGGCUCAGAGGAGAAGCUACUUCCAGCAGUUUUUCAACAAUGAGGCUGAAGCAGAGCAGGUUCUCCGUCACUGCGAACAAGUGGUGGGCGUGGCCGAGUUGUUCAGGUGUCCUGCCUUCUGCUGGACGCUGUGCUGCGUGUGUAAGGAGCAUGUGCCAGAGACGCUGACUGAGCUGUGCUGCGCGGUCACACACACACUGCUGCAGGAGAAUGGGGUGAAUGUGGAGACAAGCAAGCAGCUUCUCUGUGGUCUGGGCAAACUCGCAGACCACUGCUACUCCCAGGCGCACGCACACUGCUCUACCACUGAGGUCAUCACCUGCGGCCUGCAGCCCUUUCUGGGCUCUUCAGUCCUUUCAGCUUUCCUGCGUAUCAGCAGAGAUGACGUCUCUUCUCCUAAUGCCAUAUUCUCCUUCUUAUCGCCAGUCUUCCAAGAAUUUGUAUUGGCAGUCUUCUUCUACAUUGACCAGUCAGCUCUACAGUCUGGACAGAAUGAAGCCAGAAUUCUGGAAGGAGGACCAGACAUGUAUCAGAUGUUUCUGGCUGGGCUUUCAGACCCAGCGCAGCGGAAGCUUCUGGAGGCCUCCAUCGGGCAGCUCAGCAGCGGCCGUCUCUCAGAGUUCCACCAGUGGCUGAUGAGCUUAGUUGUGGAGGUGCUGCCAGGCUUGGAGAAAGAAAAGCACUGUUGUGUUUUCCGUCUCCUUCAUCACGCACGCAGCCCCACGCUGGUCAGAGAGACUGUAGGGGCGUGCAAGUGGAGGGCGGUCAGCUACGCUGGCCUGCAGGUGUCAGACUGCGCAGGCCUGGUAUUUGUAGCGCGCUGUCUGGGAGAGAUGGAGCACCUGAACUUGUACAGGAGUGAGCUGAUGGACACGCAGGCACAGAAGCUCAUACCUGCCCUCCACCUGGCCAAAUCCAUCAAUUUGUGUCAGAGUCAUCUCAGCCCCGGGGUGAUCACGCACCUCGCCCGGGCGAUGAUGGAUGGGCGAACCACCUGGCUGGACCUGUCCAGGUCUGUACUGAGUGUUGAAGCACUGAAGAUCCUGUGUCUAUCCCUCACCCACUCCAACCUGCACACGCUCUGUUUGAGGACGUGUAGUCUGACCCCUGCAUGCGGUGAGGUGCUCGGUAAGAUGCUGUCUGAUUCUAAGCUAUGUGCUUUGGACCUGGGAGGAAAUGACCUACAAAGCCAGGGUCUUGCUCAGCUUAUCGGCGCUCUGGGGAUGUCCAGCUGCAGACUGCAGGACCUCAGUCUAGAUCAUUGUUCUCUGAGCGGGGAAUGUAUUGCUUUGUUGUCGUCGGCUCUAAGCUCUUCUCUCUCUGAACUGAAGAAGCUGAACCUGAACUGGAACCAGCUGGCUGAAGACACUCUGGAGCUUCUCUCACAGGCCUUGCAGACCGGACGCUGCAGCCUCAGCGUACUGCAGUUAUUUGACUGUGAGCUGACUGAUUCAUGCUGCCCUUCCAUAGCCGCAAUCCUCCAAUCACAUAACUGCUGUCUGACCGAGCUGGAUCUGUCUGUCAAUGAACUUGACCAAGCAGGAGCUCUCCUCAUCUGCGAUGCCCUCAAAUCACCCAGAUGUCCACUAGAGAAGCUGUGUAUGAACAGUUGUGGGCUGACGGAGCAGGUUUUCAGUGCACUGGGCAGCGUAUUAGAGUCUGGGACGUCUAGGCUGAAGGAGCUGGCCAUUGGAAUACACCCAGUAAGAGAUGCUGGAGCCAAACACAUCUGGAAGGCCCUGAAACACACUCAUUGCAGGCUCCAGCACCUGGAUCUUGAAAUGAUUUCACUGACCGACGCCUGUGUGGACGAGCUGUGUGAAGCAGUCGCCGCCAGCAACUCCUUAACAACCCUUAUUCUGAAGAACAACAGGCUGACCGACAUUUCUGUGCCCCGGCUGGUCAAACUUGUUCAAGACCAUCCAAUCAUAAAAGGGCUCAAUCUGCAGUAUAAUGACUUCAGCGAGGACGUGUUCGAGCUGAUGGACACCUGCCCGAAUAUACAAUACUAGCACAGCUCAUUGUGAGUGGACACACCAGGCCUGCCAGGUCCACACGAUGAGUCCCUGUAAUUGAGUCAAUCGAAGACUGUGCAAAGGGCUCACUCACUGCAGAGGAUCUGUUAUUACUGCCUUAUUAGCUGUGAGGCGUUUAUGAAUAAUGCAGCGUGUGCAUUUUAAUAUCUACUACAACAUUGCUUAAAUUUUAAAGCCUUUUUAUACUGACUGUAUGCUCCACGUACUUCACUGUUCACAAGUUUGGAAUUACUGUUUACAAUAGUAUAAAAUUAUUUUCUGCUGAAGAUUAAUAGAAUAUGAUUCUAAUAGGAUUCUGUAGUAAGAAGCGUAAAAAAAAUGAAAUGCGUCCAGAUUGGUGAGCUAUAAAGAGCCGUAAAACAUCAGAAUUAACAUCCGAUAAAACCAUCUCAUCUCAAAUUACCAUCUAGAUGCCUUGAAACUGAAAAAUGGUGAUGAAAUCCGAAGCCGAUAACUUGCACUGUAUGGACAAAAGUAUUGGGACACCUACAUAUUACACCUACAGGAGCUUUUAUAACAUCCCACUCUAAAUCCACAUGCAUUAAUAUGGAGUUGGUCCCCUUCUGCAGCUCUAACAGCUUCCACUCUUCUGGGAAGCUUUUGGAGAGUG